GUUGAACGAUCCCUCGGCAUUUCAUUGGAUCUGAUCUGCCAAUGCCCAACUCGAGAGGGAUGGGAAUCGGCGGUCUCGUCCUCGUCCUCGUCGGCCUUCUUUUCGCCGUCCUUCCCCUACCAUCUGCGGCAGAUGAGAUUCAUGGCUGCGGCGGGUUCGUAGAGGCGAGCUCGUCGUUGAUCAAAUCAAGGAAGGCUUCGGACACGAAGUUGGAUUAUUCACAGAUAAGGGUUGAACUUUGCACACUUGAUGGGUUGGUAAAGGAGUGGACUCAGUGUGCACCAAAUGGUUACUACUUUAUCCCAGUUUAUGACAAGGGGUCAUUUCUUCUCCGAGUAAAGGGACCUGAUGGAUGGUCAUUGAAACCUGACAAUGUUCCUGUCACAGUUAACCAAGAUGGCUGUAACUCAAAUAUAGAUAUCAAUUUCAUUUUCACAGGGUUUUCACUAUCAGGAAGGGUUAAAGGUGCUGUCGGUGGUGAAAGCUGUUCUAUGAAAGAUGGUGGACCAUCUGAUAUAAAAGUCGACCUCUUAUCAUUAUCAGAUGAAUCUAUUGCUUCUUCUUUGACAUCAGAAUCAGGACUUUAUUCAUUUACCAAUAUCCUUCCAGGAAAGUAUAAAUUAGGUGCUUCACAUCCAAAUUUAGAAGUUGAAGUUAGAGGCACGCCAGAGGUGAAUUUAGGCUUUGGAAAUGCUGUGGUAGAUGAUGUCUUCUUGGUACAUGGGUAUGAUCUUCAUGGUUUUGUGGUUGCACAGGGAAAUCCAAUUGUGGGUGUUCAUAUCUUUUUAUAUUCAGCUGAUGUAGUGGACGUGCAUUGUCCACAAGGUCCCGGUAAUGGACCUGGGCAAGGAACUGCUCUUUGCCAUGCCAUUUCUGAUGCAGAAGGGAAAUUUAUCUUCAAAUCUUUACCUUGUGGUGUUUAUGAGCUUCUGCCUUAUUACAAGGGAGAGAAUACAAUCUUUGAUGUUUCACCUUCUUCAAUGGUUGUUCCAAUCGAACAUCAUCAUGUGAAAAUUUCCCAGAAGUUCCAGGUUACUGGUUUUUCUAUUGGUGGUCGUGUAAUAGAUGGCCUCGGCAUUGGACUAGCAAGUGCACAAAUUUUGGUGGAUGGUCAGUUGAAGACAAUUACAGACAGUCAGGGUUAUUACAAGCUUGAUCAGGUUACAUCCAAACAUUAUUCAAUUUCUGCAUUGAAGGAUCAUUAUAAGUUCAACAAACUAGAAAAUUAUAUGGUUUUGCCAAAUAUGGCUAAGAUAGAAGACAUAAAAGCGAAUUCCUAUGAUGUCUGUGGAAUUGUUCGAACAAUUUCGUCAAAUUCAAAGGCAAUGGUGACACUUACUCAUGGACCAGAAAAUGUCAAGCCACAAAAGAAACUAAUAUCUGAAAAUGGAAGCUUUUGUUUUGAGGUUCCACCUGGUGAAUACCGAUUAUCAGCUCUGGCAGUAGAUCCUGAUAAUUCUGGCCUUAUGUUCUCACCAUCAUAUAUUGAUAUCAACGUGGACAGACCUUUUCUUAAUGUUGAAUUUCUCCAGGCACAGGUCAAUAUUCAUGGCAAGGUUUUGUGUAAGGGGCAUUGUAGCGAAAACAUAUCAGUAUCACUUGUUAGUAUAAUUGGUGACAAAAUGAAGGAAAGAAAGACCACUGUUCUUAAGCAUGAGACUUGUGAUUUCACAUUCGCUAAAGUUUUCCCUGGAAACUAUCAACUUGAGGUCAAGCAUGUUCCUUUAUUGGGAUUGCCUGAGGAGGAUACUUGGUGCUGGACUGAAAACUUGAUUCAUCUAAAAGUUGGCACUGAAGAUGUGAAUGGAGUUGUCUUUGUCCAGAGAGGUUACUGGACUACCUUAGUUUCAUCACAUGACACAGAUGCUUACAUACUUUUGCCUGAUUCAUCUCGUCUUGAUUUUGAGAUUAAGAGAGGAAUGCAAAAGAUUUGCAUGGAAACUCCUGGGCUUCAUGAACUUUAUUUGGUCAAUUCCUGCAUUUCAUUUGGGAUCUCUCCCUUGAAAUUUAAUUCUUUGGACCCAACUCCGAUAUAUCUUGCUGGAAAGCAAUAUCUUCUUAAGGGAGAAAUUCACAUUGAUUCAGAUUCCAUUGAAGGUGCAGCUGACUUAUCUGAGCACAUUAUUCUCAAUGUACUUAAAAAAGAUGGUACUUCUGAUAUUGUUCCCACUAAACUUUCAUCUGAUAAGAGCGUUGAAAAGGGUGCUGCUGUAUAUGAUUACUCAUUCUGGUCUGAGCUUGGUGAUGAACUUAUCUUUUCUCCUCAAGAUAUAAGAACUGAGCAAGAGAAAAAGAUGCUCUUUUAUCCAAGGCAGAGACAAGUGUCUGUUGAUAUUGACGGCUGUCAAUCUCCUAUUCCUCCGAUUGCUGGACGAGUUGGUUUAUAUUUUGAAGGAUCAGUUUCUCCAGCUCUAGAUGGUGUAAAUAUAAGAGUAAUUGCUAUGGGGACCAGCAAGUAUGUUUCUUUACAGAAAGGAGAUUUGGCUUUUGAAACUGAAACAGGAGCAGAUGGUUCUUUUACUGCUGGCCCCUUGUAUGAUGAUAUAAGUUACAAUGUUGAAGCUUCAAAGCCUAGCUAUCAUCUCAAACAAGUUGCACCGACUUCCUUUACAUGCGAGAAACUCGGUCAGAUCGCAGUGCAUAUAAGUGGCGAAAAGGAAGACGGAGAAUUUUUACCAUCAGUUUUAUUAUCAUUGAGUGGCGAAGAUGGUUACAGGAACAAUUCAGUUAGCAGUCCUGGUGGAACUUUUAGUUUUGUUGACUUAUUUCCUGGAAGCUUUUAUCUCCGUCCAGUGUUGAAGGAAUAUUCCUUUUCUCCUCCUGCAUUGGCAAUUGAAUUAUUCUACGGGGAGUCUAAAGUGGUUCAUUUUCUCGCAAGACGUGUUGCUUACAGUGCUAUGGGCAAGGUAUCAUUACUUUCUGGUCAACCAAAGGAAAAUGUUUAUGUUGAAGCACGAUCUGAAGCCAAAGGAUAUUAUGAGGAAGCAACAACUGAUAACUUGGGGAACUUUAGGUUAAGGGGUCUUCUCCCUGACACAACAUACAUAGUUAAAGUAGUAGCAAAGGACUACCUUGGUGCCAAUGCACUUGAACGAGCAUCUCCUGAAACAGUUGCAGUCGAGGUUGGAAGGGAGGAUAUCAGAGGUUUAGAUUUUGUGGUGUUUGAACAACCAGAUAUAACAAUUUUAAGUGGCCAUGUGGAAGGAAACAACAUUAAAGUUUUACAGCCACAUCUUUCUGUGGAAAUUAGAUUAGAUAGUGACCCAACUAAGAUUGAAUCAAUCUUUCCCUUACCUCUCUCAUGCUACUUCGAAGUGCGUGAUUUACCCAAGGGAAAGCACCUAGUGCAACUUAGUUCUCGGCUUCCGUCAAAUUCUCACAGAUUUAUAUCUGAAGUACUGGAAGUUGACCUGGAGAAACAACCUCAACUUCAUGCUGGUCCUCUCAGAUACGAAAUCAAAGAAGUUGGUCACAAGCUGGAACCGACACCAGCUCCAUUAUUUCCUUUAAUUGUUGGAGUGUCUGUUAUUGCUCUCUUCAUUAGUAUACCCAGGUUGAAAGAUUUAUACCAAAUCAUAGAAGGGAUCAUCCCCCCGGCAUCAAAUGCACCAUCAAUUAAAAAGGAAGUGCGGAAGCCAAUUCUGAAAAAGAGAAUUCAUUGAGGGAAUUGAACUUGCAAUAUGUGAUUAUGAUUUUCUGCCUCGUGCCUGAUUAUUAAUCCAGUGACAUACUCUGGGAAAGUCUAACACGCAAAUUUUGAUAGAUAAUAUAGUUCCUUCUUUCUAAUGUGCUAUGAAUAUUAAGGCAGCAAGGUCUAAUUUGUUAAACAUUAUUUUUAGUCUAUUUUUUUCUUGACAUUUUUGAGGGAAUAAAUGCCUGUAGCAUAUUUAAAAUUAGCAUCUGAAUCGACCAUGCCUUUUUAUGCUA